UCCUCCUCCCAAUUCGCAUCUGUGCCUCAAUCCACAACUCGGAUUUCGCAACGGAUAUGAGGGCGGGCGGUGGAGUGUUGUUCGGAGUUCCACGCGCCGCCGCGAUUCCGUCGGGUCUAGUUGGUCGUCGUCGUCCUUCUCGAUGCUACUCUGUGUCUUCUUCUUCAGACCAUUCGUCGUUUAUAAAGGAUGUGGCUGCGACACCGCCGCCGGCGCAUUUGAAUCAUCUUCUGAGAAUUCUGCAGUUGAGAGCAGGUGAAGAACUCAUUUCGCCCGGGGCGAAGAAAGGCUUGAUUCCACUUGUUGUUCCUUUGUCCAAAACCAGUACAGGUUCAAUAACUGCAUUGUUACGAUGGCCAACUGCUCCAGCCGGGAUGGAGAUGCCAGUGGUGGAGGUUCGGAAAUACGGCGUUUGGCUUUUGGCAAAGAAUGUCGAGCAAUUCAUCAACCGAAUUCUGGUGGAAGAAGAUGUCAAGGGCUUUGAAGAAAGAUAUGACGAGCUGUUCGAUACUUCAGCAGUUGCACGAAACAAAUUUUACAAGAAGGGCGAUUUUGCUGCAUCCCAUAUUUCGAGCUUUGAGGCCUAUGUUUUAAAGAAGAUAGGUCUGUUUCCAGACAUACUCGAACGCAAAGUUAAGCAGCAUUUUGACAAAGGCGAUCACGUAUCAGCGUUGGUGACCGGGGAAUUCUACACUAAAAAGGAGCACUUUCCGGGAUUCGGGCGCCCCUUUGUCUUCAAUGCAGAAAUUCUGCUGAAAGUUGGACGAAUCUUAGAAGCUAAAGAUGCUGCACGGGGGGCUCUGAAAUCUCCGUGGUGGACGCUCGGCUGCGAAUAUCAGGAAGUUGCGAAAAUAGCUCAAUGGGAGGACGAGCAAAUCGAAUACAUAAAAGAGAAAGUAACCGACGAGGGCAAGCAACAAGAUUUGAAAAAGGGGAAAGAUCCAGCUCAGGUUGCAUUGGAUGAAGCUGCCUUUCUGCUCGACUUAGCUUCAAUUGACGGGACAUGGGAUGAACACAUUCAUAGAAUCGCAGAAUGUUACCGGGAGGCUGGCCUGCACGACAUUGCCGCAUUUAUACUUUAUAGCCCGAGAGGCUACGGAGAUAUGCUGCUUCACAUUUUGGUACGCAGGAUGUUGGGGCUCGGAGGAUUACUCUGCAGCGCGAGCCGUGUUUCCUCUGUAAGUCCUCGUCUGCCUUUCGUUGUUGUGAUGCUCCGUACAUUCUGCCUGCAUAUUAUUUGCUUGUCUGCGGCGACCGGCUGUCGCCGAGAUCGUCGGAUUUCGUCGUGUUUAUUCUUUCGUUAUGUUCCUAGUUGAUAUGCAUUGAUGAAAUAUGUGGUACAAUACAUGUUAAUCAGAUAAAAAUCGACUGAAUGUAAUGUGAAUUAAAUUUGAAAUUUCUCGGAAGAAAUGUUCCGUAGGAGGAAAUACAUUGUUUGGGCUCUA